AUGGCUACCAACAUUACUUGGCACCCUUCGCUCUCGCGCAAGGAGCGCUCUGAGCUCCGCAAGCAGCGUGGUCUCACCCUUUGGCUCACCGGUCUCUCCGCCUCGGGCAAGUCGACUGUUGCCACUGCUCUCGAGCAGCACCUCCUCCACCUCGGUGUUCCUUCCUACCGUCUCGAUGGUGACAACGUCCGAUUCGGUCUGAACAAGGACCUCGGAUUUUCUGAGAAGGAUCGCAACGAGAACAUCCGUCGUAUCUCUGAGGUCGCCAAGCUUUUUGCCGACUCCUCCACCAUUGCCAUCACCUCCUUCAUCUCCCCCUACAGAGCAGACCGUGACUUGGCCCGUGAGCUCCACAGCCAGACCACCCAGGAUGACCAACCCCUCCCCUUCGUCGAGGUGUUCGUCGACGUUCCUCUUGAGGUCGCCGAGCAGCGUGACCCCAAGGGUCUCUACAAGAAGGCUCGCGCCGGUGAGAUCAAGGAGUUCACUGGUAUCUCUGCCCCCUACGAGGCCCCCCUCAACCCUGAGAUCACCAUCAAGACCCACGAGAAGUCGGUCGAGGAGUGCGUUGUCCAGAUCACCGAGUGGCUCGUCGCCCAGGGCUACAUUCCCAGGUCGGCUUAA